AUGGAUGAGGUUAACCCUAAAGCUUACCCAUUGGCGAAUGCGCACUUGACCAAGUCGAUCUUGGACUUGAUGCAGCAGGCGACUAAUUACAAGCAGCUCCGAAAAGGUGCCAACGAAGCUACCAAAACCCUCAACAGAGGCAUUGCCGAGUUUGUCGUCAUGGCCGCCGACGCAGAGCCACUCGAGAUCUUGCUCCAUCUUCCUCUCCUCUGCGAAGACAAGAACGUAUCCUACGUCUUUGUCCGCUCGAAGCAAGCGCUCGGCCGAGCUUGCGGCGUCACUCGACCAGUCAUCGCCGCCUCUGUCACUCAGAAAGAUGGUUCUCAGCUCCAGUCGCAGAUUGACACCAUUAAAUCUGACAUUGAGAAGCUCCUCGUUUAA